AUUUCCAGAUAUCAGCAGGAUAUUCUCUUGGUGAGCAAAAGGGGAGGGAUCAGCAUUGUCACUGAAGCCAAAUCAAGUGUAAAAUAGUUUCCAGCCAGACUGUUAGAAACUUCUCAGCUGAAACUGUCUGCUAUAAGAAGGAAGUGGUGAAUCCAGUACAGCUAAGUGGCAACAUGUCUGAGUUUCAGCAGCUGAUCCAGAACACCUUACCGUCUGCCAGAGAUGUUCUACGAGAGAACUAUAGCAACCUUCUCAAAGUGGCAGAUUUUUGUGACAGCAACUAUGAGCAGGCUCAAGAUAAAAGAAAAGCCCUAGAGGAAACCAUGACUUUCACAGUUCAGUCAUUAGCCAACGUGACCUAUCAAAUCAAUAACCUAGCCAGAAACAUCCUCAAAACAUUUGAUUUGCAGACCACUCAUCUCCAACAAGUGGAAGCCAACAUUUGUUCCAUUGAACAGGUUAUAGAAAUGCAUAAGGAGAAAGUGUCCCGUCGUGAAAUUGGGAUGCUUACUGUUUGCAAGACCUUUCCUCCCUAUCAGAAAAUCAUCUACCCAAAGAAACUUGAGCCUUUGCAGCCCUAUUACAGGAAACCACUGGACUUCAACACUCUGGAUGACAUUGGCCAUGGGAUCAAGAAGGAGCCAGAAGGUCCUAGAAGCAAUUCCGCCACCACUCAUCCCCGAAGGCCAACUCUCAACAGCUUCAUCUUUGUCGUCAAUAAGUAACGUCAAAGAAGUUUUGAACAGCACAAGUAUGAAAGGGCCUUCUGAACCUGAUCCACCACCACCACCACCACCACUGGAAGCAGAUGAUUUUCUUCUCCCCUCUCAAACAGAUUUUUUGCCACCUCCUCCUCCUGUUCAAGCGGAAGAUGUUCUUCCUCUGCCUUACCCUGAGACAGAUCUUGAUUUUCCAACUUUUCCUCUACCACCAUCCCUGGACAAUUCCAACUAUGGUCACCUGAAGCCUCCUCUUCUGCCACCUCCGCCUCCCCCAGAGAAAUUGUCGUGGGCUCCAGACACCUAUCUGGAGAAAGUUGUGACUCUUUACCCUUAUGUUCAGAAGAAGGAGGAUGAACUCUCAUUUACAGAAGGGGCCAUUAUUUAUGUGACAAGGAAAUACUCAAAUGGCUGGUGUGAGGGUGUGACAAGUGAUGCAGAGGGAUUUUUCCCAGAGAACUACACUGAACCUUUGCAAUGAAUGAGGCAGAAUGAAAGAGGAAAAAUGACAGGUUCCUAACACAAAUGGUAUGGAGAACGUGGAGUAGUCCCACAGUGAGAUAGGCUGCGAAUAAAUUUAACAAAUAAAUUUACAAAUGUUCUAGUUUAAGUUGCCAGGAAAUCAGUAUUUCUCUGACUUACUUAAACUAGGCUAAAAUCAAGCUAGUAAAAUGAAGGUGUCAAGAGGACUUUGGAAAUUUCCCUAAAUCC